AUGGCGUCUGUUGAAAGCGUCCCGGCAUACAUGUUGCCAGGUGUUCCCGUGGUGCAGCCAGCACACUUGGAGGGGGAUCCCACUUUGGCGACCGAAGUGCUUCCUGGUCCACCCUCAUUGAUAUCCGUGCAGCAGGCAGGCCAGCCACGGAAGGAUCACAGGAAAACGGUGGCCGUAUUUUCUUACUUGCCCAGUUCUGAUCCCGGUACUACAUACUCGGGACAUUUGGCGAAUCCCCCAGCACCUCAGGAAGCGAUGGCUUCGUCCUCAUACCAGAUUCCCGACUCUGACCUAGUGUCGAUGGCUGUCGAUACGGAUGACUUAACGCUUUCCCGUUCGAACUCGCUUCCGAACGGGGAGGAUGCUGUUGCCAGUAGCAACCUGAGGUCGACUCAACCCCAUAAACGAGACAAAGGGAAGGGAAGGGAGAGGGACCCGGUUGUGAGAAUCAAGGAGGAGCCCUCAGUGGUGACGUUGUCUAUGAGCGAUCCUGCUCUCCUCACGAACGAAGACCACUGUUCUUCAUGCCGGUCCUUGGGAUCCCUCGUGUAUUGUGACGGGUGUCCAAGGGCCUUCCACUUGUGGUGUCUUGACCCCCCCAUGGAUGCAUCUGAGUUGCCACAGGGAGACGCAAGAUGGUUCUGUCCAGCAUGCACCCUUCAACGAAAGCCACCACCAAAGCCUCCUGCAUCUCUCAAAUUCAUGGCACCCGUUAUCGAACAUCUACAAACGACCCUUCCAGCGGAGUACCAGUUACCGAAUGACAUUAGAGCUCAUUUCAAGGAUGUUGCGACUGGGCCUAGAGGAACGUAUGUGGACUCCUCGGAGGUGAAAGCGCCUCGUCUCAAUCGUCAUGGUCAGCUCGAGGACCGAGACCCUUACCGGCUGAAGGAUCGCAACGGAGAUCCUGUGCUGUGCUUCCGUUGUGGAACGUCUGCGUUACCCCCCAGUCUCGUGGCAUCGGCGCCUGUCGCGAAACGUCCGAGAAGAGAGACGAGCAGCAGUAGCUACUCAGAAACUGGACGGAGCAUCAUCUCAUGCGAUUGUUGUCAUCUUCACUGGCAUCUAGAUUGUGUGGAUCCUCCUCUCUCCUUCAUGCCGCCUUGGGGGAAGAAGUGGAUGUGUCCUAAUCAUGCUGAUCGAGUCAUUCAACCAAAGCGACGCAUACCGAAGGCGAACGCUGUGCCAAUAGACAUCACCAGACCUCACCAAUACAACAACGGAAAUAUCGAAAUCAUACAGCCCGAAAUUCCCGUUCCUCCUCCUCACAAGGUCCCAGUGGAUGAAGUUCUCAUAAAUGGACGGCGAUAUAGAAUACCGGAGAAGAUCAUCACUUUGGAUUUCUGGAAUAAAGUCAGCAGAAAUCGCGGCUUCAUGGAGGAGCAUAGCGAAGAUGGAUCUGCAGUGUCGUCCCCAUUGUCGUCGCUUAGCUCAUUGCCUGAGGACGAUGAUGCUCCGAUGUUGGACCCCUCUGCACCGUUAAAACGUCAAAAAUCCGAUGGGGUUGUCGCUAUGAAUCCAUCUUCUCCUGAUCAUCAGCCACAAUUAUCCGUGAACGGUGUUGCGAAGGUGAGGUCGGAUAGCGUGAUCGUUCUCACUAGUCGAGCUCACCUGUCUGCUCAGCCGCCUGCCAAACCUCCGGCGCCCACCGAGUCAUCGGCACCGGCAAGCGCGACGCCGGUGGCCAAUUCGUCUAGGCCUCGACGCACAGCUGCUCCACGCGAACGUAACGGUACUCGCUCGCAAGCCCGGCGGAAAGCUCGUGUUGACGACGCCGAUUACGUCCCAGUUGCAUCUAGUCGUCCCUCACGAUCUGUGGACCGCAAAGGCAAGAAGACUGAAGAUACAUCUGACCAGUCCAUACAUCCACAGGCUUUACAAGAAGUAAACGGCACAUCCUCAGAUGCACAGCGAGAAGUUGCUCCUGAGAACUUCAAGCAAGCAGAACAAGGUUCUGCGCCCACUUCUAUUUCUGCAAGGCCCAGGCGGCAGCGCCAAUCUUCUAGGCGGAGACUGUCGCCUGUGCCUCUCGUAAAUGCACCUGCACUUGCACCUCCAUCUGCACCCGCACCAACUCUUGUUUCUGUUCCGGUUCACGCCGGGGGCUCCCAGAAGACUAAAGAUGAGUCCGAAGAGCCGGAAACUCCGUUGUCUGCUCUCAGGCCGAGAUUCAGUGCCAACUUCGGCAGUCGGAAGCGACCUGCUACACCACACAAGGAUCCACAGCCGCCUCAGAAGAAGCGUAGAUCACCGUCUCCCCCUCCGAACGGCACGAAGGCGAUCUCAACUCCUGGACCGUCGACUACUAAGCCGGCUGAAUCUUCAACUCCUUCGUUGAAGAUACGUUUGCCUCGUCUGGGUAGUCUCAACAUGCCCUCUAUCUCCGCUCUUCCGCCCCCACCGACAUCGGAGCCCCGGGGCGCUCUUACAAGGGGUCGGGGGUCGAAGCGACGCGACGUGACUUCCGUUACCCAGCGGCGCUCAACUCGGAGACAAACAUCUACCACGUCCGCCUCCCUAAAGGAGACCUCCGUCUCGAGUGAGGCAUAA